CGUUCACUCGCGGAGCUGUCAUUCGAUAUUACAAAAACCCAACUCGCUCUCUUUGCUAUUUGGCCCUUUCUCUCUCUCUCUCUCAAUAGACAGCAAAUUAGAGUUUGCAGCUGUCGGGUUUUUUUUUUUUUUUUGCUCUUUUUUGUAUCUGGCUUUUCUUUUAUUAACCAACCGAUCAAAUAAUUAACAACAGCCAACAAGCAACAACUUCUAUGACAUCAUAAACAAGCCUGCAUCUCACUCUCUGUCACUCUUUCAAUGAUUCCUUUGUGGUAAUGUGUGAAGGGUGCCUUGGGAAUGUAUAUUAGACACAAUCAUAUAUAGUAGAGCAAUGAAAGCAAUGGCCAAAAGGGUUGUGGAUGUUAUACAAGUUUCAAGUUUCAUGCAAAAGGAUAGAUAAACCCCAGUUUUUUCUUCUUCUUUUUGUUUGUUUAGAUGCCAUGGCUUAUCCACAUUAUCGAUCACCAUUCGGUGACACAACGUUUACAAAAGUGUUCGUUGGGGGAUUACCUUGGGAGACACCAACAGAGGAAAUGCGUCGAUAUUUUGAGCAAUUUGGAGAGAUUCUUGAAGCUGUUAUCAUCACUGAUAAAGUCACGGGCAAAUCUAAAGGAUAUGGCUUUGUUACUUUCCGUGAUCCUGAUUCAGCUAGGAGAGCUUGUGUUGAUCCAAAUCCUGUAAUUGGUGGAAGAAGAGCAAAUUGUAACAUUGCUUCAUUUGGAAGGCCUAGGCCUUUACAGCCACGAGGAGGUAAUAACAGUCCUUAUCAAGGAGUUGCACAGCAAGGUGCACCAUAUAGUGGAGUUGCAGCACCAGUGCAUCCACAUCCGCCUCCGCCGCCACCACCUCCUGUCAUGUAUCCACCACCUUAUGGGUACCCUACUUACAGUCCUGAAUAUGGGUUUCACCAAGCUGUCUAUAAUCCACAAAUUCAGCAGCAACAAUACUAUCAUCAACUAUAUGGAUCAUCAUCUACCACAAUGGGGUCUCCAUAUUAUUAUGGCUAUUCUUUGCAGGCUCCUAGGGGAACAUUUUCUGCACCCCAGGCUCAACGUAUCCCCGGACCGUCCUUUCUUUACUACCCUACUCAAAUGGAGGGGUCCUUCUCCAUGUAUCCUUCCCCCCCUUUUCAAUUCACUAGGCAUCUCUUUCCUUCUUCCACAGAUUCACAGACUCCACAGCAUACCUCCACAGAAACAGAAGCUGGGGCCAUUACUUCUGAAAGUCCAAAAACCUAAAGGGAAGGACACAUCCCCUGCCAAAAACUUCAAAUUGUAUAAUCUUGAUAAGAUUAUGUUCUUAUCACCUUAUUUCACUCUUAUAUUCUCUACAAUUUAGCAAUAGGUGGGUUACCUAUGGCAGGAAAAAGGAGGGACUAAUCAACCACCUUAUGCUGAUUUUCUUUUUUCCUCUUUAAUUCUUAAGGAAAAAAAGAAACAUUCUUCUUCUUUUUUCUCAAAAAUUUUCAUUCAAGUGAUUCAUUCAUUAAGAGUUUAA